GGCUGGGACAGCAAAUGGCACGCGGCUCGUGUGAGGGUGAGUGGAGGGAAGGCGAGAGGUGGGCCUAGAGCGCCCCGUUGCUGACCUGCGCCUGAGAGGAAUGCUGCUUUCUUCCAAAGGUUUUGCUCUAUCUGGAAUCCAAAGAAUCUUUAGAUUGAAAGAAUGGUCUGGUCUAGGGUGUUUAUGACCUUCCCUGGUACAGCAGAAAUACGACGACUUGAUCAUGAGCACGGUCCAGCAGCAUAAUAAAUCUUUAAUCACACUGUCUUUGUGACAAGCUUUCAGUUCCAGGAGUGUUGUAAAUAGGGGCUGUGUACAUGAGUAUCUUCAAUAUGCUAUUGCCAUCAAUCAGAAUGCAGAGACCAUUUCAGCUGGCAUACAGGACAUGCAUGAUACUGGAUCGUACCUGUAUCUUUCCAUACUUAAAAGGACAACCCUCCUUGCUUAAUACUAGACAGAAAAUGGGUUCUCUGGCUCUGAGCUUCCAACAUCAGUGUCUACAUGCAUCUGCUGCUGUUAGUGUUUCCAAGGAACGGGAGUUCUUGGGCAAGGCAUCAUCCCAACCAGAAGACCCUCACAAUAAAAGACCAAAGAAAGAGAUUCCUAUCACACCAGUGGGUAACACAGACCAGAAAGCCCAUCAAGAACAAAAUCCUCUAGAGCUUGAUCCCUUACAAGACAAAUCAAUUAGUCUCGUGCAGAGAUUCAAGAAAACUUUUAAACAGUAUGGCAAGGUUCUGAUUCCAGUGCAUCUUUUGACUUCCAGCAUAUGGUUUGGAGUCUUUUACUAUGCAGCUUUAAAAGGAGUAAAUGUGGUUCCUUUCCUUGAAUUCAUAGGAUUGCCAGAAAGCAUUGUAAAUAUUCUAAAGCAUUCUCAGAGUGGAAAUGCAUUAACUGCAUAUGCCAUGUAUAAGAUUGCAACUCCAGCCAGAUACACAGUGACUUUAGGAGGGACAUCUAUGACUGUGAAGUAUCUUCGUAAGUAUAGCUACAUGUCUACACCACCUCCGGUGAAGGGAUACAUUCAGGACCGAAUGGAAGAAACAAAAGAGCGACUGUCAGGGAAAAUGGAAGAAACCAGAGAAAUGAUUAGUGGCAAAAUGGAAGAAACAAAAGAAAAGCUAACUGGAAAAAUGGAAGAAACAAAGGAGAGGAUAACAGAAAAGAUACAAGAAACCAAAGAAAAAGUUUCUUUUAUAAAAAAGAAAGAGUAGGAAAAUAAGGAGGUGGGAUGGCAAAGCCUAUGCAUCCUAAAGCCUUUAGAAAAUUUGGUCUGUGUAUUCUUGCUACUUUUUGUUUGAGCUGUUUUGGCUGACUGGAAGAUACCAGUAAUCUAAAAAUUAAAAUAAUAACAUUUAAGGCUUACAUCCAUCUUCUGAAAAUUAUCACACUUAAUUGGGUAGGAUAUAGUAAAUACAAGAGCAACAACUUUCUUCAUUGUUAACUCCCAGAAGGGUAUUCUGUGGUUCUCCCUAGUUAUGGUCAUUAGUUGUGUCUGGAUCUAUAUGGAGAAAGAAAUCAGGUUGUCUACACAUCUGAUUGAACUGAUUUCUCCAUCUUUCACCACCCACCAUCUUGGAAGCAAAGUGUUAGAAUGGUUGGGUCAUGCACACAUUGUCUUGAUGUUGAGGGGAUGGUGUCAAUAUUUGUAAACCAUUCACUCUUAAUAUUCUAGGAAUAUCACAAAACAUAUUCUAUUCCAUAUUAUUAAAGUUUGACUUAAAAUAGUGUAUGAGAGAGAUGGACUAAAACAAUACUGAACUUAAUUGCAUAUUAUAAUGCAGAAUAGGUAUUGAUUCUUCUAUGAUUAGGCUGAAAUAAGUGAUGAAUUUCAUGCCACUGAAAAGUUUUUUAAAAGGGAGAAAAAAAUCAUGGAAUAGAAGUUUACAUCUCCAUUGCUGUGUUUAGAGGGAAGAAUAAACACUGCUACCAUAUACACAGAUGAAUCCUAGAAUAUUUUCACUAGAGUCUAAAUUUGAGCAUUUCUGUACUGUAGAUUAAUCCCAGUCUUGUUCUGGUCAAAAUCUACAGCUUGUGACGCCAUCAUUUUUGUUGUUUCUGUGACAGAAGCUCUGCCUGAACCACUACAUGGCAUUUCAGCUCUCCUUGGUUUUUUAAAAAAAUCUAGGUUGGAAAUGUAAAGGACCACUGAAUCAGGGGGGGUAGGGAGAGAGACUCAAGCAACUCCUGGUGCACCCAUGCAGCCUGUUGUACAUAUACCACUGCUUCUGCUGUUAUUGAAGCAAAUGUUUUUAAUGUGAUUUUGGGUGUGGGGGUUGCAACUGAAACAGCUUGCCCGUUUUACAAUCCAGCUGGCUUAAAAUUGUAUGAAAAGGAAUUUGUACUUGUCUAUUUCUAGGCUUGCUUCUGUCAUUCCUGUCAAGUUACAACAAAACGUCUGCCACUUAUUAAUGUCAUAAAGACUCUUUCAGGAAAAGAGUAAAAAAGCUACUUUGAAUUGAUGAAGAUCCAGGAGGCAACUGCAAGUCUAAUGGCAGAACCUAAUGCCCUGCCUACCUUUAGGGAAGCUGAUUUAGAGAACUGUAUUUUCUUCUUGGGUGAAGUCCAGUAUAAGAAAGAAGCACUUACCCUUGAACCACACUUGUUUAAGAGUAGUUAAUGCUUUUGAGAACUAAGCCUGAGAGUUACAUACAGUAUUAUAGUAGAGUUGAACACUAUCCUUCAAUCCCCAGUUCAAUGCCUGAAAGUGCCAGCGCAGACUCCCAUAUCGGAUGAAGUAAUUUAAUCUUGAACCAUGAAUAAACUGCUGCCUCAUUUACUCAGCACUCCUUCAAUGUGAUCACAGUGACCUUAUCCAACAUGUAUGCACAGCCUUGCUCUUAUUGAAUCCAUCUUCCAAGUGCUCACCAUGGCAGUUUGACUUUUAAUACUCUAUGCUUUCUGUGGUCCUAUCAGGCUCAGUGGCUGCUCUCCCUCUACAUGUUUAUCCUGGCAUUUAAAAUAGGCCUAUAGCUGUUCAAAAUACCUUAGUUCAUAGGAGUGCUUACUCGUCCUCAUCGAAGAGAAACUUUGUGGUUUGUACAAUCCUGAGAGAUGGUACCAUGAAUUUUACCAUAAAUCAGGUAAAGAGAUAUGGUAGAAUAGUAAUCUGUAUCCACCUAGUAUGAGGCUCUUUUAAGAGUGCUUCAUUUGACAGGGAUGGGCUGGAUGGGUGAGUGAGGAUUCAGUAGCCGUUCCCGUUUUUCAUUGUAUGAAACAACUUUCUUUUCUCACUCGUACCAUUUUAGUUGACUAGAAAACAUUGGGAGAAAAUGGCUUUAGAGAAUUGAUGAUAUGCCAUGAAUAUCUGCUUGCCAUGUUGCUGGCAGCAUGGCUUGUUUGAGAGGGCAGCAACCUUGAAAUACCUGGCCUGUUGGGUUAUUUGAGGAUUGAUGCCCACCCCAAGCAAGCCAUACUUCCCAGGUUCAAACAAGCCAUGCUAGCAAGGGUAAUUAGGGAAAGUAGGGCUUAUUUCCCGAACCAGCCCGUUGACUAGUUUAGCAGCCCAACUUUUAAGUCUGAAUGCAAGGUGGAUAGCUGCUCAUUAAUGAGGUGUUACUCGCCUAGCAGGCAUCUGCUUAAAGAACUUGGUGGGCACAACAAAAGGAUACAAAACAGGUAGCACAAUGAAGUAAGAGACUUGGUUGGAAGUAUAGUCCAAGCAAGCAGGCUUGGGCUUAAAUUUAUUUGUUUUUCCUAGAAGCGGUAUGGUGAAUAGUUAUGCUGCAAGAUGACAACUGCAUGUUAACUUCACCCUAGUACAGAAUGUAUUUCUAAAUUAACCAACAAAAGAAUGGCACAGUGGGAAGUAGUGUGAGGAUUUCAGCCUAGAAAUAGACAAUACUGAAAUAACUUCCCCUUGCUUGCUUCUGCACUUUAAAACCAUUUUCUAAAGAGUGUAGUCUGACAAUGCCAGUAUAAUUAAAAUGAAAUAAUUUCUCCUCCAGUAUCUGGGUUUUGUUCUAGUAAUAAUGCCAGGAAUUUAAAAUGAUAGUGGGAGGACAUUGGAUUGAAGUAAAUGGAAGCAAUAUCUGCCCACUGCUGCUACACAACAGCCAUUCAUUUCAACGAGACUUUCCCAGGCUCACUACACCAGAUACAUUGAACAGAGAUAGCAAAGCAGAAUUUGGUGGAAUAUUCUGAUUCAACCAAUUAAUUCCUUAAUGAGUUGUCUUUUUCUUAUAUUCACUGCAGAUGGCUCUUACUGGUAUUAAUAUUGCAAAACAUUAAACUACUCAUGCCACA